AGGCUCUGGCGCGAACCUCCUGGUAGGCGGUUGGGGCCGCGGGCCGACAGGCCCAGGUGAGGAGAGGUCGGCCAGGUCAGGUGGCGCUCAGGCAUGAAGGGGCAUCCUUCUCCCGACUCACAGGGAAGCGAAGGAGCUGUGGAUGCGCAGAGGCCUGGAGCGCAGGCUGGACUCGGAGGGCCCCCUGGAAGAGGUAAUGAUGAUGAAUCUGAUUCAGACGACCUGAAUUUCCAGAAGUCUUUGCCUUCAUCAAGUCAGAGAAAGACACCUACAAAAAAGGUUUUUGAGAAUGAAGUUAAAUCAGAGACGGUGAAAUCCUCUCCUCUGACAUUCUCAAGUAAGAAUUAUCAGUAUCUUUUUCAAGAGCCUUCAGAAAGUGAGAGUGAUGUCAGUGACUUCUCGAAUAGAGACAGGUGGAACAGUGUGGACACAGAGCCUGCAGGGCCAUCAAAGACUGUCUCCCCAGUGCGUCCUGGUAGUUGUGAGCUGUCAUAUGACAUUGGCUCGACCGUCUCUGAGAAGGAGCUGGCUCAGCUGGCUCACAUUCGACCAUUAGUAUUCAAUUAUUCUACACAAACUGUCAUGAAGAGUUUUUUAAAAAUGCUCCAGAAAAAAGAAGAAUAUGAUAUCAUCCGUGAGUUUUUGGAAUUAGAACAAAUGACUGUGCCUGAUGACUUCAAGUCUGGGAAUGAACUACUCAACAGAGACAAAAACAGAUACCGAGAUAUUCUUCCAUAUGAUUCAACACGUGUUCCUCUUGGAAAUCACAAGGACUACAUCAAUGCUAGUUAUAUUAGAAUAGUAAAUCAUGACGAAGAGUAUUUUUAUAUUGCUACUCAAGGACCACUGCCAGAAACUAUAGAAGACUUUUGGCAAAUGGUUAUGGAAAAUAAUUGUAAUGUUAUUGCUAUGAUAACGAGAGAGAUAGAAGGUGGAGUUAUCAAGUGUCACAGUUACUGGCCCAUUACUCUGAAGGAGCCAUUGGAAUUGAAACAGUUUCGCAUUCUUCUAGAGAACUGCCAGAUAACUCAGUAUUUCAUCAUUCGAAUAUUUCAAAUUGUGAAGAAGUCCACAGGAAUGAGUCACUGCGUAAAACACUUGCAGUUCACCAAAUGGCCAGACCAUGGCACUCCUGUCUCAGCAGACUUUUUCAUAAAAUAUGUCCGUUAUGUGAGGAAGAGCCACAUUACAGGACCCCUGAUUGUUCACUGCAGUGCUGGUGUAGGCCGGACGGGGGUGUUAAUAUGUGUGGAUGUCGUGUUCUGUGCCAUCGAGAAGAGCUACUCAUUCAACAUUCUGAACAUAGUGACCCAGAUGAGAAAACAGCGUCAAGGCAUGAUCCAAACAAAGGAGCAGUAUCACUUUUGUUAUGAAAUUGUGGUUGAAGUUCUUCAGAAUCUUCUGACUUUGAGUUAAGAAAGAGUCUGCGCUUCUCACUUGAGAUUACCAAGAAGCCUGUGCUGAAGGGUCUGCUGGCCAUGCCGUUUGCUUCUGAUUUUCUCUCUGAAGUCUCCCUGAAGGCAGCAUCAUCGGCACGGAGUGAACUGUUUUCACUUGAUCUUUCUGGACAAUAGCAAGUACCCUCCCAUGUUUUCCAGUGGAACAAAAGUUCCGUGAAACAACCUCAGUUUAGCUGUUUGGUUUAAGGGAUUAGAGAGUUCAAGAAAAGACUUCAGUGUAUUCAUUAAGAUUUUAUUUGGAAAGUGGCCAAAAGCCUCAUAAGAUUUCCAACACAGUACAGCCUUAUUCUGGGAGAACAUGGAGCCAAUGAACUUGAGGUUCAUGUCUUGACCUCUCACGAGCAUUUUGCAGACAGAUAUUUAUCUGUGUUCUUUAAAGAAGCUAGAGUCCAUACUCCCAGCUGGUAAUUGAAUAACUCAAAAGGACUCUAGGAUGGAUUGGCUUUUGAUAUACAUUGGUUUUUGUGUCCUAUACUUCCAUGGUCCCAGAGUGCCCUAGGGAUUUCCAAGGAAAAGCUACCUUCCUGGAGCAGUCAGGCCCUUGUCCUGCUGCCCUGGGAAACCCCUUGUGGGUGAAUAGUCCCUCCUGUCCCUCCCAUGAACACACUGCUGAACAGCCCCAAACGAAAAUACUCAUCCAUCUGUAGAUUCAGUGGAAACAUUUGCCAGGCCCAGCUUCUUUCCUAUCCUGCCCUAGCAGUUAACAUACCAUUCUGUCUGCUUUAUCAGAAGCAAGUAUUAUGAGGUACUUGCCUCUUAAUCUUUAGCUAACCAAUAAACUUUAAUAUAAGGAUAUUGCUAUGUAAGUUUGAGUCAUUUUUGGUACCUGUUAUACCAAGUGGUUUUUUUUUUUUUUAACUAAGAUCUAAAAAGAAGGUUUUGUUUGUUUGUUUGUCUUUCUCUCUUUUUUUUCUCUAGAGGCCCAUUAAGUUGUUUCUUUCUCUGCAGAAAGAUUUACAUGCAGGACAUUGGAACUAGAUUUUGGAAAACCAAAUUCAUAGUUGUGAAAGUGAAAACGUCUAUAUUCUUGUUAAAAAACUCCUGGCCAUUAUUAUAUUCAUCAUACCGAGAUUCUGCCUCAGACAGUUAUAGUGAUUCUUUGGUUAAGGGGUUUUGGUGAUCAGUCAUUCUUAAUUAUAAGCCACAAAGCAAUUGAUAAGUGUAUUUGUACAGUGAAUUCAGUAGUGAUCAGAGCUGUGAAUCAUAUUGAAAAUUCCUAAAAUUAUAAAUACUAAACUUUCAAGAGGUUAUUGCUUUGGUUAAAUGAAUACUUGAAUUGGUUGAAUUAGAAUCGAUAAGUCUCACUUUAAAAAUAAUUAUAUGGCAUAUAUUUGACAUUAACUCAAGUUGAUGAUUAUAGCUCUUUAUACUGUUUAUAUACAAAAGUCUAUGCUGAACAAUAAUAUCAUUUUGUAUGUUAUUAAAUGAAAAUAUUUACAAUGUA